GAAGGAAGAGACGGAGGACCAGGGAGCAGAGGCAGGAGAGGAGGAGGCGGGGAGGGAGCGAGGCUGGAGACCGAGCGAGUAGGGAGCGGGAGGAGGUGAAGACGGAGGGAAGAAGGGAGAGGCCAAGAGGAGCCGGGCGAGGGAGGAGGAGGUGGUGGAGGAGCGGGAUGGAGAUGCGGAGUUAGUGGCUGGGGACAGCUGAUGAGAAGCCAGCCACGGAGAGGGGGUGUGGAUUGGAAACCAGAAGGGAACCCCGGGGCCAGCAGAGGCAGAGAAAGCAGGAUCCGGAGGUAGAGCGAGAGUGGAGGGUCGGGGCCGCAGGAGAGGAAGGAGGAAGGGCGCAGAGAGAAGGGAGCAGAGGGGAUUGGGGUGUGGGGGGGGUGUCUCAGCCCCUGGCAUUUGGGGAGCUGGGACUCCCCGUGCGGAGGAGAGGUAGACUGGAAGUCCUGGAGGGACCGGGUACCAGCCAGAGGGGCGGGAGGAGCUGAGGGGACAGGGCAUCAGGAAGGGGUCGCCUCGAGGCUCCGGGGGAUGGGGGGUGCAGCUCGACUGAGCGCCCCUCGAGCGCUGGUACUCUGGGCUGCACUGGGGGCGGCAGCUCACAUCGGACCUGCACCUGACCCCGAGGACUGGUGGACCUACAAGGAUAAUCUCCAGGGAAACUUCGUGCCAGGACCUCCCUUCUGGGGCCUAGUGAACGCUGCCUGGAGUCUGUGUGCCGUGGGGAAGCGGCAGAGCCCCGUGGACUUGGAGCUGAAGAGGGUCCUGUAUGACCCGUUUCUGCCCCCGCUAAGGCUCAGCACGGGGGGAGAGAAGCUCCGGGGGACCCUGUACAACACUGGCCGCCACGUCUCCUUCCUGCCUGCGCCCCGGCCUGUGGUCAACGUGUCUGGAGGUCCCCUCCUUUAUAGCCACCGUCUCAGCGAAUUACGGCUGCUGUUUGGAGCUCGCGAUGGAGCUGGCUCCGAACACCACAUCAAUCAUCAGGGCUUCUCUGCUGAGGUGCAGCUUAUUCACUUCAAUCAAGAACUCUACGGGAAUCUCAGCGCAGCCACCCGGGGUCCCAAUGGCCUGGCCAUUCUCAGCCUCUUUGUCAAUGUGGCCAGCAGCUCAAACCCAUUCCUAAGCCGUCUCCUUAACAGAGACACCAUCACCCGUAUCUCCUACAAGAACGAUGCUUACUUUCUACAAGAUCUGAGCCUGGAGCUCCUGUUCCCCGAAUCCUUUGGUUUCAUCACCUACCAGGGCUCUCUCAGCACCCCGCCCUGCUCGGAGACUGUCACCUGGAUCCUCAUAGACCGAGCCCUCAAUAUCACCUCCCUCCAGAUGCACUCCCUGAGACUCCUCAGCCAGAAUCCUCCAUCCCAGAUCUUCCAGAGCCUCAGCGGGAACGGCCGGCCCCUGCAGCCCUUGGCCCACAGGGCCUUAAGGGGCAACAGGGACCCCCGGCACCCCGAGAGGCGCUGCCGAGGCCCCAACUACCGCCUGCAUGUGGAUGGUGCCCCCCAUGGUCGCUGAGACUCCCCAUCGAGGAUUGAGCCCGCUCGUCCCAUCCUUCCUUAUAAGGGGAGGGGAGUCACCCCAAAAAACAAAGCUAUUAAAGGGACAGAAUACUU